GAAUCGUCGCCAUGAAAAUGUAAAGAAGAAACAAAGACGAGCUCUCAAACCCAGCAGCCAUGGCUUUUAUUCUUCCUAAUCUAUCAUCUCCGUCAAUCCAUCUUCAAACCGGAAAAUAUCCAAACCUUAAACCCAUUUUCAGUCAAUCUCUAUCGUCGUCGUCGUCUUCUGUUAGCUACGAAUUCGUGGAAGAUAAUCUAUCGACACACUCUCUUUUGAGCAUCCAGUCUCCUCCUCUUAAAGACACGCAGGUUCAGACAAGACACAGUUCGCAAGAUAAGCAUAAUAACCACGACAGAGAUGAAUUCUAUAUCAAUCUUGGUGUCGCUGUCCGUACGCUUCGUGAAGAUUUGCCUUUGCUCUUCACUAGAGAUCUUAAUUACGACAUCUACAGGGAUGAUAUAACAUUUGUGGAUCCGAUGAACACAUUCUCUGGGAUUGACAACUACAAAUUGAUCUUCUGGGCACUUAGAUUUCAUGGGAAGAUAUUGUUCAGAGAUAUCUCACUUGAGAUCUUCAGGGUAUGGCAACCAUCAGAGAACAUGAUACUUAUCAGGUGGAAUCUCAAGGGUGUGCCUAGAGUUCCAUGGGAAGCUAAAGGAGAGUUUCAAGGCACUUCUCGGUAUAAACUCGACCGUAAUGGCAAAAUCUAUGAGCAUAAAGUCGAUAACUUGGCCUUCAAUUUCCCUCAACAGCUCAAACCCGCAGCUUCGGUUUUGGAUUUGGUGACUGCUUCUCCUGCAAGUAGUCCCAAUCCAACGUUCUUUUUCGGUCCUGUGGACUCUUAUUCAUCUUCAUGGAUUAGGUUUUAUCAAGCGGUGAGAGGGACAUUGGAGACAGAGGAUAUCUUUGUGACAGACAGUUUACUCACAUGCUCAUAGUGGAAGUAGAGUUGUUAUACACAUACUCAAGGUCACACUUCUCAGGUGUAUAUAGUUUUACAUUGAUGGUUUUAUAUAUAUGAGUAGAUCUGGUUGACUUAAUUCUUGGGAAACCUAGAACUGUUAUGUUGUUCCAAAGCUUUAUACAACGUUAUCAAUACAAUGGAGUUUUGUCU